AUGUGCGUUAUUCGCCGAAAUGUGCGUUUUAAUGCGUGGCUGCGGUUGAUGCAGGAGAGCGACAUUGCGGCGGACCCGAGCAGGGACAUGGACAUGGUCCAUGAGUUCUACACCGCGUAUCGAGACUAUGUCCGCGGGCUGGAGAUGGAUCCCGAGAAUAAUAAAGAGGAGUUGGGCAAGGCGUGGAAGACGGAACGGGUCCUCAUGGAGGUGACCGAGGGCCUCUCACAGGCGGUCACGGGAUCCGAGCGCAAGCAAGUGCAACAGGAAAUUCGGGAGGAUAAGAUGGCUGCUGCUGCCAAGACGCAAAUCUUCACCCGCCAGAACUUCAACAUGAUCGAUCUGGACGCACCCAUUCCCACUGAUGCUCCUUUGUGGAAGAGGCGGGUGGGGGGAGCGAUUGCGCUGCUCCAUGACCUCAGAGGAGUGCCGAACCGAGGCCGCUUCAAGGACAUGCUGCACUACCUCCAGUUCGUCUUCGGCUUCCAAGAGGACAACGUGCGGAACCAGAGGGAGCACAUUGUGCUGCUGCUGGCCAACAGCCGCACGUACGAUGAGAAGGGGACGCCAAUUGCUGCUUCCAUGUCCGAUGAUGCUGCAGCAAUGAACCUGGCCCUUGAUUCCGUUUCGUCAAAGGUGCUCGGAAACUUCCUUCGCUGGGCACAGUACCUCCACGUCGAUAUCCUUUACUUCACGGCUGAGCACCGAAUGCUGCACACGUGCCUCUUUCUGCUCAUAUGGGGCGAGGCAGCCAACGUCCGAUUCCUCCCAGAGUGCCUCUGCUACCUCUUUCACCAGAUGGCGAGUGAGCUGGCGGGGAUGAUGCAGAAGACAGCAGCGGAGCACAGCCGCAUGAUGGGCACGGGGGGCGAGUACGCCUUCCUCAACAACGUCAUCACGCCCUUCUACCGGAUCCUCAAGCAGGAGUCGGACUAUGCGGGCCACGGCAGCGAUGCCAAGGGUCACCCCGCGUGGCGCAACUACGACGACUUCAACGAGUUCUUCUGGAGCAAGCGCUGCUUUGAGCUGGGCUGGCCAAUCCGCACCAGCCACGUGUUCUUCAAGCCCCCACCCGUCAAAAGCAAGGACCCUGGGAAGAAGAUGGAAACCCCCAAAACCGUCACGGGAGAGGAUUUCUCAAGCAAGAGCCGGCUGAGCAAGACGCUGUUUGUGGAGUGGCGCUCCUUCCUGCACCUCUACCGCGGCUUCGAUCGCAUGUGGGCCUUCCUGCUGCUCAUGUUCCAGGGCAUGGCAAUCGUGGCGUUCAGCGGGCAGGACGGGUCCACCACGCUCAUGAAGGUGCUCUCUGUGGUGCCCAUGGCCGCCAUCCUCCGCUUCUUCCAAGUGCUCUUUGACAUUCUGCUGUCGUUCGGGGCCUACCGCAGCAUGAGUGUGCAGACCAUCUCCCGCAAGUUCCUCCGCCUCGCUGUGCUCGGCGCCUGGGGGGGCUUCCUCUCCUUCUUCCUCAUCAUGUAUUUCAUCUCGGGAUUCGACACCAGCAGUCCCUACCGCCCGCUCUUCCUCAUGCUAUCAGCCAUCUACGUCAUCCCCGCAGUCGUCCUCUCGCUGCUCAUGCGCUUUGUCACGCCGCUGCGCUCCCAGCUCGACCGCGUCAGCCACCACCGCUUCUUCCAGUUCGUCAAGUGGUUCUACCAGGUGGGUGGCGGUUCUAUUAGCUACUACUUCCAGAUCCUCCCUCUCGUUGGCCCCACGCGCUACAUUAUUGGCUUCAAGCACCUCAAGUAUCGCUGGAAGGACCUCGUCUCUGCCAGCAACUACAACGCCCUCACGCUUCUCUCCAUCUGGGCGCCAGUCUUUGUGAUCUACCUGAUAGACGCACAGAUCUGGUACACUGUGCUGUCUGCCAUACUCAGCACACUCAUUGGCGCCUGGUGGCAUUUGGGGGAGAUCCGCACGCUCUCCAUGCUGCGGGCGCGCUUCCGCUCGUUCCCAGCAGCCUUCAUGAACACAGUGCACCACCAGAACAAGUUCAACCGCACGCGCUCCACAUCGCUGCGCUCAUCAGCCCGCUUCCAGCCGCUGGGGUCGCAGCAACCGGCGAGCGGCAGUGAGCUGCUGCUAUCAUCACGACGGGAGGCGUGCAAGUUUGCCAUCGCGUGGAACGAAAUCAUCCGCCUGCUGCGAGAGGAGGACUACCUCUCCGACAGGGAGUACGACCUGCUAAUCAUGCCUGCUCUGCCUUCCAACGUCACAGUGGUGCAAUGGCCGCUCUUCCUCCUCGCCAAUCAGAUCCUCCUGGCAGUCGGAGAGGCGUCAGGCCGCAAGGAGUCCCAAUCAACCGUGUGGCGCAAGGUGACAGGCGACGAGUACAUGCGCUGCGCCGUGCUCGAGGCCUACCAGAGCCUGCGCCCCUUCCUGCUCUCCAUCGUUGAACCCAGCCGCACCGCACCCACCACUGGCACCGCCGCUGCUGCUACCCAGGAGGCAGGCAGUGGGGUGUACGAGGCGCGGAUCAUCAGCCGGCUGUUUGACGAUUUGGAGGUGGAGGGGAACAACGGCAGCCUGCUGACCACCUUCCGCUUCUCCGCCCUGCCUGUCAUCCUCGACCGCCUCUCCAAGCUCACUGCCAUCCAGGACCAGAACGAGAUGACGCAGCGGGCAGCAGUGCAGGCGCUGCAGGCGCUCUACGACACGGUCAAGUUCGACUUCCUCUCCCCUGACCACCGAGCAAGCCUGGAGGACGUAUCAGGCAAGCCCCAGUCGUACUGCCUCUUCGCAGCAGUGGCAUGGCCGGCGAACCGGGCGGCGGUGAAGCGGCUGCACCUGCUGCUGACGAUCAAGGAGUCGGCCAUGGACGUGCCUCACAACCUGGAGGCGCGGCGCCGCCUGCAGUUCUUCACCAACUCGCUGCACAUGCGCAUGCCUGACGCCCCCAAAGUCGCCGACACACUUCCCUUCUGUGUGAUGACACCGUACUACAGCGAGAUUGUGACCUACUCGAUGGCAGAGCUGGUGAAGCCCAACGAGGAUGGCAUCUCCACCCUCUUCUACCUCCAGAAGAUCUUCCCAGACGAGUGGGCCAACUUCCUGCAGCGAGUGGGAAUGGGCGAGAAGGAGCUGGAGGUGCGGCUGAGGGCGAAGGACGACAUCAAGGAGCUGCGCAUGUGGGCGUCGUACCGCGGCCAGACCCUCGCCCGCACCGUGCGCGGCAUGAUGUACUACCACCGCGCGCUCCGACUGCUCGCCUACAUGGAAACGCCAAACUCCACAGACCUGGAGCUGGGAGCGGACGGGCUCCCAUUGGACCCGGCGGACAGGCUGUAUCUGGCGAAGGUGGAGCCCAAGGAGCUGGCGGACGUGAAGUUCACGUACGUGGUGACGUGCCAGAUCUACGGCAAGCAGAAGGCUGACAAGGACCAGCGCGCUGCUGACAUCUUCAACCUCAUGAAGGAGCACGAGGCUCUGCGAGUGGCAUACAUCGACGAGGUAGUCACCCUCCCAGCUGACCCAAGUCGCCCCGAUGCUCGCCCGAAGACGGAGUACUUUUCACGGCUGGUAAAGGUGGACACGUUCGGCAGCGAGCAGGACAUCUACAAGGUGAAGCUGCCGGGACCGGCGAAGCUGGGCGAGGGCAAGCCGGAGAACCAGAACCACGCCAUCAUCUUCACGCGCGGGGAGGCGCUGCAAACGAUCGACAUGAACCAGGACAACUACUUUGAGGAGACGCUCAAGAUGCGCAACCUGCUGCAGGAGUUUGCCAAAAAGCACGGGCUCAGGAAGCCAUCGAUCCUCGGCGUCAGAGAGCACAUUUUCACCGGCAGUGUGUCUUCAUUGGCAUGGUUCAUGUCCAACCAGGAGACCAGCUUCGUCACCCUCGGCCAGCGCUUCCUUGCCAUUCCUCUCAAGGUGCGCAUGCACUACGGGCAUCCAGACGUGUUUGACCGUCUCUUCCACAUCACACGUGGCGGCAUGAGCAAGGCGUCCAAGACCAUCAACAUCAGUGAAGACAUCUUUGCUGGCUUUAACACCACGCUGAGACAAGGCAACGUGACCCACCACGAGUACAUACAAGUGGGCAAGGGGCGAGACGUGGGGCUCAACCAGAUCGCUCUCUUUGAGGCCAAGGUCGCCAGUGGCAAUGGAGAGCAGGUGUUAUCACGAGACAUCUGUCGGUUGGGUCAGCUCUUUGACUUCUACCGCCUCCUCUCCUUCUACUUCACCUCUGUUGGCUUCUUCCUCUGCACCGCUCUCACUUCCUUCUGUGCCUUCUUGUUCCUCUACGGAAGAGUUUACCUGAGUCUAUCAGGAGUGGGUGCAACUCUCUCGUCGCAGAGUGAGAGUGUGGCGAACCUGGCGCUGGAGUCAGCCAUCAACACGCAGUUCCUCAUCCAAGCGGGAUUCUUCACCGCCGUACCCAUGAUCAUGGGCUUCAUCCUCGAACAGGGCUUCCUGCGGGCGGUGGUGAGUUUCAUAACGAUGCAGCUGCAGCUGGCGUCCGUCUUCUUCACCUUCUCCCUGGGCACGCGAGCGCACUACUUCCUGCGCACGCUGCUGCACGGCGGGGCCAAGUACCGCGCCACUGGCAGAGGCUUCGUCGUUCGCCAUAUCAAGUUCGCUGAUAACUACCGCCUCUACUCACGCUCGCACUUCACAUACGGCAUAGAGGCCAUAAUGCUGCUGACAGUGUACAUGCUGUACGGGGGCAGCAGCUCCAGCCUGGUCUAUCUGCUCAUCACCGUGUCUUCCUGGUUCCUGGCUCUCUCCUGGUGCUACGCGCCCUACAUCUUCAACCCCGCCGGCUUCGAAUGGCAAAAGACGGUGGCGGAUUUUGAGGACUGGGUGGAGUGGCUGUGGUACAAGGGUGGUGUGGGAGUGAAGGGCGAGCAGAGCUGGGAGUCGUGGUGGGAAGAGGAGACGGAGCACGUGCGCAGCAUCCGCAGUCGCAUCAUCCAGGUGGUGCUCAACCUUCGCUUCUUCUUUGUACCCUACGGCAUUGUCUACCAGCUCAACGUGGCUCAGGGCAACACCAGCAUCCUCGUGUAUGCGUAUGCCUGGAUCAUCUUUGUCGUCGUCGCUCUUGUCUUCUGGUCGUUCAUCCAUCUCAACCACAGCUUAAGCCCUUGCAAAAAGCUCGCUGCUUUUCUGUCUAUCCAUAACCAUCCCCCUCACUCUUCCCCCCCCUCGCUUCCCUCUCCCUCGCCCUCAAUCCUCUUCCGCCCCGCCUUCUUCUCCCCCUCGCCCACUCACCAGGUGUUCAACUUCUCGCGCGCGUGGGAGGCGCAGCUACCCAUCCGGCUGCUGCAGAUCACAGUGGCAGUGCUCUUCGUGACCAGCAUUGCCUGCUCCCCUCGUUAUUUUCUUCCUCCCCUUCCCAUUCUUGCAUCGCCCUCCUCCCCUCCUGACCAUCCCCCCCCCUUCGGCACCCUCCCCCGCUCCUUCUUUUCCCCCACCUUCCUACUCCAAUUCCUCCCACUCAUGUUCGCCUGUACCUCCUAUCUCACCUCCGUCCGCAUCUGGAUUGUGACUGUACGGCAGGUGAUUAUAGCGCUGCGACCUGUGCACAACAAGCGGCUGUGGUGGUGGAGGCAGGUGCGCACCCUGGCGCGGGUGUACGAUGCAAUCAUGGGGGGAAUGAUCUUCCUGCCAGUCGCAGUGCUCUCCUGGUUCCCCUUUUUCUCCACCUUCCAGACCCGCCUUGUCUUCAACCAGGCCUUCUCCAGAGGCCUCGAGAUCUCACUUAUCCUUGCUGGGAAACCCUCAGAUGCUGCUGCCUAG